GCUAGUUGGUGUACCUGGUUCUAGAGCAGACUACCAGUUGCUGUAAAUUUGACCUGCAGAAAAGUCAUGUGAUUUGACGGCUAGAGCUAGCAAGGGCAUCACCGGCGCCUUGUACACAACAUGCAGAAACGUAACAAGCACUGAUCAUGUGGCGAUGAGUAGACAACGUGAUAAUACUAUGGAUAGCUAGGCAUGCUAGGAGUGCAGUGGUUCCCGAUCAUCAUUAUCAUGAAGUGAAAUGUUGUAACUUUACCUCCAUUCUUGUACAUGUAUCAUACAUUGUGUAAUCGAGCGAGCGAAUCGAGAAGGAAAUGGUGUAGGGCUGUUGCCUAGCCUGCUUCAGCAUGUUCAGUGAAUCACAGAUUCUCAUCAUUCAUGUCAUUCUGUAGGACUAGGUUCCACUAAUAAUGCCAGGAAAUAACCAAGACACGAGGAUGGCUGAUGCAGCAAAUGGAUUCCAGCAAUCAAAGCGCAGUGGUCAAGCCAAUGAUGCUGCAUACACUAUUUAUACUCACUCGGACUCUGACCACACACCACUGUUAAACUCUAGAUCUACCACCAGCAUUAACCACAGCCAUGGCUCCAACCACAUGCGUGCACAGCAGCUGCAGAGGGAGUUGGCAUUCUCAACAGUUCGUCGACUCUUCUGCCUGGUUGCUACGUUUGACUUUCUGAUGAUAACAGUACUGUGGUUCAUCUAUGUCAAUCUUACAAACUCGAAUGUAACAGCCAGUCUGACGUGUGAGGUGUUGAAGUACACUGUAAGAACGUCACUCUUUGAUUUUCCAGUUGUUGCAGCCUUUCGAUGCGUCAUUCUGCUUUUGGCAUAUGCACUGUUCCGCAGCAAGAGAUGGUGGACCGUUGCUUUGACCACCAGUCUAUCAUGCAUAUUUUUGAUUACAAAAGUCUUCUUGUAUGAUUUUGAGUACAAGCAUCAUGAUGAUAAUCCUUGUGUGCCUCUGGACUCAAAGGCACACCCUGUAGACUUCCUUAUUGCUAUUGUUUCCUUCAUCAUUCCAUGGAUAGAGACAUGGAUCCUAGACUUUCAGGUUAUCUCCAGAGAGAUGAAGCUCCAGCGUGAUCUUAGUAAUCUGGAGAGGCAACAAAAUGCUCCAGCAGAACGACCUUCUUUGCUACAACCUGAACCUUUUCCCGCCAACACUGAGCCAAUCAGAUUUUACUCCCCGGAGGGCUCUCAAGCUUCAGAAACAGGGAGUGAUUCCGACUACAGUGAAAGUCUUCGUUCCCAUGCAUCAGAGUUCCAGUCAUUGCCAAAUAGUCGACAAGGAAGCUCAGUCAAUCUUGCCGCUUCCAUUGAGGAGCAAGAGUACCUUCAGAAGGCGAAGGAGUCGCUACGAUUACUGGACAGGAUUUUGGCCAAACAAGAUGGUUGGCAUGAUGAAGUGAAGAAGCCUGAACUUAAUGCCAUCAUCAGAAGCAACAAAUUUGACAACAUCAAGGGCAAAAUCUAUAAAUUAGAGACCCAACUACCAUCACCACCAGAGCAAGUCGUAGAUGUACUUUGGGAUAAAGUUGAGAAUGCACCAAGCUGGAACCCGACAGUUCUUGAAAGUGAGGUUUUACAACAGAUAGAUGACCACACUGAUAUUUUGUAUAAUGUCAGCACUGGAGGACCAGGAAAUAUCGUAGCUGGCAGGGACUUUGUGGCAGUGCGUAACUACUGGCAACGAGGAGAUGUGCAUGUAUGUAGCAGCAUUGCAGUUGAGCAUCCCAAGAAACCUCCAUGCAGUAAAUAUGUCAGGGGAUUCAAUGGACCAACUGGAUGGGUAAUUGAAAGUCUCAAUGGUGACCCCUCACAGUCUAGGUUUCUAUGGAUUUUGAACACCGAUCUCAACUUCAAGGUAUGGACCCCACAGGCCAUCAUAGAUACUGCCCUCUGUCAUGUACUCAUGGACAUUUGCACUAGCCUUCAGAAGUACCUACGAGAGCUCCAUCACGAGAUUAGAGCUGUCCGGCCUGAAUGUGUGAAUCAACGAGAUGCAGAGAAGGUUAGCAUAAGCAGUUAUGAGGAUCUGGAGGAACAUUCACCAUCCCUGGAUAGCUUUGGCUCAGUGUAGUGAGUUUAACGCCGACUUUUGGAGGCUGAAAUUUGGGGGCGCUGUCAUUGUCCAUCAGAAUAGAAAUAAAUGCUAUAUGAGCUUUCUUGCAGGAACAGUACAUGUAGAUGUGAUAACUCACAUGAGCUUUCUUGCAGGAACAGUACAUGUAGAUGUGAUUACUCACGAUUGUAGACUGAUUUCCAGGCACAUUAUGACAAGCAUGCAUCAGCUGUUUUUUGUCUGAAUCUGUACAGACCUGUUGUGUCAUUGGAUUGGCUUGAGCUUGUGACAGUGCCAAUUAAAUGUUUACUAUAUUUUUUGGCCAUUGAGCAGUUACUUUUGUAUGGAGUUUGACACGAUUGCCUCCCUGUAACAGCCGCCAUUGUAAUCACACAUUGUUAGGAUACUCACUGCAGAUAUUUUAGACCUUUUUGUGACCCUUUCUUGCUGUUUAUGUCAGAGGAACUCAUUGUGUUGUAUAUCUGAUAGAAGGGCAUUCAAGUCCUUUUUUUAUGUAGUUUCUAAUGCAAGAAAUGGUUUCAUUAUAUCUCUCUGCCGGGCAGUACACAAGCAUAUAUUGAUCUUGAUCUAAAUCCUGAAUCAGGAUAUGUGAAUUAAACUUCCUAAUGUGGUUUUGUCAAUCACAAAACUCCUACACUUUGAUGUAUUGGAACCCCAAAUCAAGCUUCUUCAAGUCACUGAUUAUCACAGGAUACACAAUACGUCUCAAGAUGGGGGGGGGGUUCGGAUUCUGCACACUAUGCACCUAUACACACUUGUAAAACUUUGUCUGUUUGAAAUGUAGUGUUGUUUAGGUUUUCCUAUUCAAACUGAUUACACAACAAUUCAGGGUUGUUUUUGAUGUUUAUACCUGAGCAAGUUUGAUUGUGGUGCUAAUUGUUUGGAUGGUAUUUAUUUUCAUGAACCACAUGUACUUUGGUUGACAGUUUGUUUGCCAGCACACACGAAUUAGAAACUGUAUCAUUCCACGCACAGCGUUCAUCUUGAUAUACAUGAUUAGGUUUCUGCCUUCAAUUGUCACUUGCCCUUUUUUUGUGCAAUUAAUUGAGUAUUUGGUGCAUUCACAAUCGUUUAAUGCACAUAGGAUAGAAGGCACUGAAGCCAAAUAAUGAGGAUUGUACUUCUCAUCCUUACCUUCUUUUUCAUUUUAAGAUACCAUUAUUCUUCUAUCAUACAUCAGUAUUCCUGCUGGCCUAAUUUCAAUUUGAACUUAUGUACCUGUAAAUAGUUUCUGAUCAUGUGCUGACAAAAUUGAAAUGCUCUUUUUAGUCUGGAUAUACAGUGAUCUGAAACUGCAGUCAAACACACCCUGAAAUGAAUGACUUCAGCUGAUUUGGGUAAUAAUUUGUUUAGAUUCAAUGGGAAAAUACAUGUUAUAAACAUGUUCUGAAUUUUUUACAAUCUUCUCAUGUACAUAUUGUUGAUUCAAUUAAACAAUUGGAAAUCCCUGUUUGAUAUUAUUUUCCAUCGUUACUAAAAAUAGUCAUAUUUUCUAUAAAAAAUAAGAAUUUCCAUUGAAAGAAAAGUUUAGUCAAAAAGUGUCUGAUACAAACAAAUGAGAAUCAGAAACUGUAAAUAAUGUGAUUGGUGUUUCAACUACUUUCGUCUGUAUGUGUGUAUCAUGAGCAGGGUUUCUUUUGAAUCUCAGUUCACUUCUGUGGUCCAGUGACUGAACUGUCACUUAAUGGGCUCUGAAAAGUGUCUGUGAAAUGAUGAGUUUGAAACCAAGUAUAAAUAAAGUUGCAAUUUCCUAAGCACACAAUCAUGUACAUGUAGCUUUAAACUGCGACGAUGGUGCGACUUCUGUUUAGUUAAAAGUGCAUUUUUCUACAUUAUGCAUCCUAUUUUUGCUGCCUUUUUUUCAACAAAAUAGCUUCAAAGUGGUUAUCUGCUUGAUUUCAAGUGAAAUGAAUUGUAUGUAUUUCUUAUAAUCUUACCCAAGUGGAAUUUUGCUGUGGCAUUUGCAUGUGUCGCAAAUCAUAAAUGUUUGAUAUACGUACAUUUAGUUUUCCAGAUAUUGAUUGCUCAGAUUUACUGACUGAAUGGUAAUCCAAGUGACUCAAAUGUGUUCAACACUGAGUAGGAUACUAAUCUAUCGUUCAAAAUACUGAAGCAGUAUCAAGGUAUUUAUUUUCUUAUUCUGCUAAAUAAAUCUCUCUCUCUUCCCACGUGACAGUCAUUACUUUAGCCUGCAAUGAAUGAUAAACUGUGGCAGGCUUUCAGAAUGCAAAAGAAUCUUUCACAAGUUGCUGAAAAAUGUAGGCAGGUAUCAAAAUAUUGUAUUAUAUAUACCACUUCUGUACACAUGUAUACUAAACGAAAAUGUAGUCUUCUCUAAAAGAAGUGGAAAGUGUACAGUUUGAAAAAAAACCCAGCACUAACCAAGGGUGAUAUUUCUGCGUACUUUGGCUGUCCGUACAAAUUGCAAGCAACAUGUACUUAAUUGUACCAAACUUAUCUAGAGCCUCGUAAAAUGUAAGAAGCUAACUUUGACUCACGGGCACUUCCAAACUAUCAUUGCAGACAUGUUCUAUUAAAGUGCACAGUCAUCUGAAAACCAACAUGUUCAGUUCCUACAUUUUAGAGGCGACGUAACAACCCGAUCCCCGUUUUAUGAGAAGGUAUAAUUACAAUUAUUCACUUUCCAAAGUUAGCACACAUCGGCAGUCGUAUCGAUCACUCUUGUAAAAUAGAUUGAACACUGAAGACUGUACGUGCCUGUAGGAAAAACCGCAUUUAUUCCGUCCCCGGAUCAGGCUAAGAUUUUGCGGAUAUUUGAAUUACAUGUAGUUAAAGUGGCUUUGUAAUUCUUGGCAUCAUUCUCGGUUUACAUUGCACUUAACAGGAACAUAAAUGUCAUACAUUUUCCCGAUCAACUUCGUCAACUUGCCAUUCGAAGUUCGUGCGGUCAUAUUCAACGGUUUGGCUCAUCCAGUUGCCGUUCUGAUUCGUUUUCGGACGUGCACUUUAUGAAGCAGCACAUUCAGUGUAGAAUUUGCUCCAUUUGAACCAUGCACAACCGUCAUCCCCAUCAAUGGGACUGCUUAGAAUAACGAAUUCACAACCAAGUUCACAUAGCCUCGCUUGCAAACAGCGCAGAAAGUCAGAAACUAAACAUCAAAGGACGUGAUGAAAGAUGCAUCCAGUAACAGUUCAAUGGUGGUUUUACUCAGUAACAUGAUUAAACCACGUCAGUUACUGACCUUGUUCUAAAAUUUCGUGCAUAAUCAAUAAUAGUAGAUAUUUGGUUUCACUUGAUAUGAGCAACAAUCGAUACACCAUGGAGGCGAUGGGGACCGACAGAUAGAGAUUAUUAUUUAUGUACAUGGGAUCAGACAUCCUGCUGUCUCACUUAAAUUAAUGACCUUUUGGACGUUCCCAUAGCAUUAUGGACGACAAAUAACCAAUGCAUUAUGUGCACAACUUUGUGAUGACAGUGAACCAGGCAAACUUACUUAAUAUCACCUUGAGAACCCAGAGAGAAAAUAAUUUUACCUGUUGCGUUGGUAAUUUUUUUUAAUUAGAAACUUCAGGAGUGGAAUGUAACGAGGAAUCGUUUUGUUGAUGUCAGUGAGCUAAUAUUUUUGCAAAAGAGAAUCAAAGUUUGACCGCCUCAGUCGACCAGUCACAUUCGAAAUUUAAGCUCGGCGACUGGAAAAAGUCAAAGGUGAUUUUUCUUUUAAGAUCAAAGUAAUUUUUAUUGGAGACUGUGCAUUCAUUUUGUUUUAAAAUCCAUCAAUUUAGUAACAAUGGGAAGCCCGUAAAGAUCAAGAGUGCACCAUUGUUUGAAUAUUCCUCAGAAAUUAAUUGGCCGUUUUUGCAGUGUUAUUUAUGUUGGUGGUCACUUUUGAUUACUCUGUCACUCUUCAAAGAAUACCCUUUUCUAUAAGCCUUAUUGUUUUGAGGGCUAAAUAUUCUUGUUUCACCUUUCAUCAUGUUUCAUUUUGUUAUUAAACUAUCAAUCAUUGGCCUUCCAGGCACUUGAACAUGCAUAGGCCCUAUUUCAAUUCACUUGUACAAUUGUUACAAAGCUUGCCCGUAAACUGUAACACCUGGUCAAAUUGGAUAGCGAUCUGCAUGCUGUAUUGGAAUGCAUCGUUUUUUUAAUUUUAAAGACACAAUUACCUAAUCUACAUACCUCGAAAUGAAUUGAGUAAAGUGAAAACCAAACUUUGUUGCAAAUUGCACAAGAUAUUUACACGUAAAAUAUCGAAUGAACUAACUUAAUACCUAGCCUAUAGAACAUUGCUGAGUGCGAUAUCCAUUGUGACCGUUUGAUAGUUAAUGAUAUGUUUGCAAGUUCCAUUAUUUUGUACUCGACUUGUAAGUGUCGUUUUUCGCUGGGCCUGGAAGGCGUUGUCCUUUACAUUGUAGUAUGUUUGUAAUGUUCAAUGUGUUAUGGCAGUGAUCAUGUAUUGAUUAUUUGGUAGAAGAAAACAAUAGUGGUGAAGAUAAAGAUCCACCUACAUCGUUAUUUUUAUAAAACAUAUUUAUUGUUCAACAUGCGUUGCCCGAGAGCCAGUAUUUCUGUAAUUCAAAUAAUGUACUUGACUUGUUCUCUACCGUGACAAUUCACCGAUGCCUCUUAUUGUAAGGACACUUAGCUGUUAAAGUGUUAAGAAAAUAAUGUUUACCAAUUAACUGUGUAGCUCGGGCAUGCCCGCCAAUUUUUAAAGUUACACACAUUGAACAGUUGGGCAGAGGUUGCAUGGUGGUGUGGGAAAAAAUCGAGAAAAUUGUGAGAAGUAUGUGAAAUGAAGCAGGGAAAUGUGGGACAGUUUCUCAAUCUGGCCGGAAUUCUACCUGAAUUGGUCACGUGGCAGUGGCGAGUGCCUGGUCUUAGGAUUUCGCAAGAAUGAAAUCACGUUGGGUUUGAUAACCAUGCUGUGAAUUAUGCCGACAGUAAUGACAUCAUGGUGUUUGCCUAUAAUGAAUAGAAGACAGAGAAUGACACGUGAGCCAAUGGCAACCAGUGGCUAACGACCGCAGUCGCUUCCGUGUUUACUACAGACAUGGCUUAAUAAGUUAAGGUUAUAUCAAGGUAAUAAAAUGCUCCUUGCAAUGGAAGGACGAUAAUAAGUGUCA